UUGUCACUGCUCAGUCUAUUCAUUGCCAUCGCUGUUGUGGCAGCUGGCUACGGCUAUGGUGGGUACGGAGGAUACGGAGGCUAUGGCGGCUAUGGUGGCUACGGCGGAUACGGUGGAUACGGCGGCUACGGGGGAUAUGGCGGCUACGGCGGCUAUGGUCUCGGCGGUUACGGCGGCUAUGGAGGAUAUGGUGGAUACGGAGGCUACGGUGGAUACGGUGGCUAUGGUGGUUAUGGAGGCUACGGAGGCUAUGGUGGCUAUGGAGGAUACGGACGCGGUUUCUAUGGAUAG